GGGGUGUGCAAAGCAACACCCAUUAUUUUCGCUAACCCGUGCAUCAAGGAUUCACGGGUGUUCUACUAGUUUGUUGGUAAAAACGCCAAUGGUGGUUUUGGGGAAAGGUUUACUGGAGUCUUUUCAUCGAUCUCUCAGGCCAUUUUUUCACAAUCCUUUCUCGUUCGUCCCCCUUCCAGCCUUCCGCUGAGCGAUUCUUACCUUGAUCUUCCUCACCAGCCGGAGCUCAUCCAGUUCGGAUUCCUACACCUGAGAUCUAUCGACCGACCGACCGACCGACCGACCGACAUAUAUCAGUAAUAAUUGACGUAGCAUUUAUUUGACGCUAAAUAGAUUGACUAUCGAUGACAAAGAAACGAAAGUCGCUUGCCACGAGCUUAGACGAGGUGGACCGAACCAUGUACUCUUCGUUCAGCAGCGCCGCGAACUCCCUCUCGCAGAUGUAUACUCAGGCGAUGAACCAGCAAAAGCUAUCCUUCCAAGCGGGUGAACGUCACGGACUGUGUAGAGGCGAGCACUUAAGCGCACCAGGCGAGGCACUGAAGAUGGGUGGUGCCGUAUUCUCGAGACACAAUGAUACGCCUCAGGCGCAAUGCCGCGCAAAUAAAGCGCAAGAAGCGCAGAGUCACAUAAGCGCAUGCCUAGGCUGGGAAAGGCUUCUCAACUUAUAAAUCUUUUUUUGCAUAUAAGAUUAGGUCCUAUUUUAAAUAAAACCAUAUUUAUAAUAAGAGUUAGCCCAUCCAAAUAAUACAGUAAAACAACAUAAACCCUUCUCAAUCAGUGUAUUAAAGAGUAUACCGAAACUAUAAUAAUACGAAGUUCUCUACUGCAUUCGACUCAUUAUGUUUCUUCUUUCUGUUUCCUUCUUGUUCUAUUCAAUUCUUCGUUCCUUUCUUAUUUUCUAUAUUUUUUCUUACUGUAUGGUCUAUUUCUUCUUGCAUUAUUUCUAUCUUUUCAUUUAAAGUUCGAUAUCUUUAUUUCAUUUUUUUUGCCAUUUUCUUCUUCUGUUUUAUAUUUUCUCCUAACAAGUUCUCUUUUUCUAACAUGUUUUAUAUUUCAAGAACUUGUAUUCCUUUCUCUCUAGUUUUAUUUAUAUGUUUAUAUGGAGGGUGAAACUUCAAUUGCUGCCACGAAAGCUGAAAGUAAUACUGCUAAUAGAAUAUGGUCUCUUCUUUCAAUGAUGAAUGAUUCUUGAGAGUUGUAACUUGAGAAUUGAGCUAGAAUAUAGCUUAAUUUAGGUUAUAGUUUUAAUGAUGAGUAUGACUUUUUUAAUGCAUUUAGUUCAAUAUGAUAUUGAAUAUAUCAUAUCUGGUAAUUCUAGAAUAGUAUAAAUAAUUUCCAAGCAGUGCACUUGACAUGAGUCAGGCGAGCGCUUUUUUGCGCAUUGCGCUUCAAGCGAUAUGACUACUCUAGCGCCUUAUGUGCGCCUCACGGCUUUGACUACCUUUGAGCCUUUCACAAAUGCAAAGAAUAUCUAACUAAAGAAAAAUGUAGGUUUCAAUCAGGUCAGGCGCUGUUUGUAUUGCCAAUCAGCCAUCUCAAUAUGUUAUCUGUUUGAUAUAAUGAAUUUGACAAUUAUCAUUUUGUAGUGUAAAGAAGAUAGCACCCAGUGAGUUUUACCUCUUUUACUGUUGUUUUAAUAUAUGUAACAGGAAAAGUUAUAUCAGUGGAUCUUGAGGCAACAAGAUGGAGGAUCAAGAGUGAUGAUGGUUGACAUACUAAACUACCUUCAGCAUGAACUGGACUGCUAUGUAGAGGGGGACCAGGCACCUCCUCCCCAAAAUCAUAACAGUUCCUAUCCAACAGCUUUUCCAGGUUCCGUUGUCCAAGCCUUUUCCGGUUCAAAUAUUGUUUCGGCGGUAAUACAUGGUGUUCGUUCAGAUCAUCUUGAUCAACAGCCAAAGAAUCACGAUUUCUCAAAUGCUCUGUCAAGCCCUGUACGCCGAAGCCUUCAAAACUAUCAGAUUUCUCAGGGAAGCUAUUUUACAAGCAGUGCUCAGCCUGCAAACAGCAUUAAAAACGUUGGAGCAGCUGAACCCAACUUCCAACAACAAACAACUAGGGACACUGGUAGCUACAACUCUAAUGAUGCUUCCUCCAUGGAUAUGCAUGCAGACAGUCCUAGUCAUGAAUCUACUUACUGAGAACUGUAAGAGCCAUUCCUGGAUAUUGAAGGGGAGAAAUUUUAUCCAUUUAACUGCAACACUUAUCAUUGUUUGAUGCCUCACCUCAGUGACUUCAAAAAAGAUGUAUUACAGGUUCUUAAAAGGUCUGCAAAGAAAUGGUCAGCUCCAAACCUAUAAUGUCACUUUGUUGAACUAAAUAUAAUAUAUUUGCUCCUUUUUUCAUGCAUGUAAAUUGUAUUUUAAGUGAUGGAUGUGUUAUAUGGCCUUACCUGUUCAUUCUGGCUGUAAUGUUAAUACUCACAUGUUUCUUAUCCUCUCCAAAUUCAAACUGCCAUUGAAAUGGGUAUUUAAACGUGUCCAUAAGGUGUCAGUUUCCCCCAUUUUACACUUUAUACUUGCUCUGGAUUUUU